UGUGUUCCAUUGUCAAAACGCUCCUUUUUCCCCAUUUCCUACUUCACUCACAAAGACGACUAAUGAGUGAGUGUCCAUGGACCGGAGUACAUGUGAUGUCUAUGCCCCAGUAGUACCCACCACGUCAAGAUUUUUCAAAGAUGGCCAAUGUUUUUCCUUUUCAAACGAGGUCCACCCUUUUUUUCCACAAGACUCCCGUAAAUUUUUCUGAUGAAGUCUGUAGACCGCCAUAUAGCAAACCUUGCUUUUAAUUAUGAAAAAACGCUAAUCUUCUUCACCCUCUGAAAUUUACACACGAGAGUCAGAGAGCCAACACUGCAACGCAUACUACAUGAGGUCUUCUUUUUACUUAAUUUAAAUUUUCCUCGCUAUCAAGAGUUGACGAUUCAAACCAUCCGCAAAGGUUUCCUUGGCAAAUUUUUGAGUGUUUUUGAAGGAGUCAAAUCUUUCUAGUGCUGGUCAAUGGGGAAGAUGAGAAGGAAACUACCAUCAGUGGAAAGUCUCUGGUUGCGGUAGGUACAGACCAUGUUUCACAUUGCUACCCCACCCUGUUCUAAUUUCAGACCGUUUUUAAAGUUUUCCAUAAACAAUUUUCAAGUCAACUACGUACCGUGUUAAUCAGAGAAACUACAUAUUAUAUAGUGAAGAAAUAAGAAAGGAAGUUAUACAAAGACGUUGUUUUUAUUUUGGAGUAAUAGACUCUUGGUUGUGAUUGUUGGUAAAUCGGGAAUUAAUUUUGGAAUGGCUACUGUCUUUCUAUUUGUUUUCUUUGUUCUCUCACCCCUUGUGCUGCUUCCCUCAGCUGAAGAAGAAAAGAGAAAUGCCCAAAGUUGUUCGUCCUUUCAAUGUGGAAAAUUUGGUAUGAUUGGCUUUCCAUUCAGGUUGAACAAAAGAAACUACUAUAAAUGCGGUCUUUUGCCAGUAAACUGUGACCAAACACCUCCGACGAUCCAACUGCCACUGGGGUGGAGCAAAGGAGCAUAUGAAGUUAUAAACAUCUCGUACACUAACACCACACUAUUCACACGUGUCAAGGACCUUUCACUUUUGGAAUACUUGAAUACCAACAAAUGCGAAUACCUAACCAAUUUUACUUUACCUAAAUCUCCAUCUAUCUCUUUUAAACUUAUCACACCCAACCAGAGCCUAUUUAAAUGCAAUCGCACUCUUGAUUCUAAUUCCUAUAAAAAAUUUAAAUAUAUGAGCUGCGGAGACCAUAAUUUCUACUAUAGUCAUUCAAAUGAGAGUACUCCGAGUAUUAUUUCUUCUCAAUGUUCGAUUAUUCAGCUCCCAGUAAAAGAGCGUUCAGAUAACAAUGAACUGAAUUUAACUGCUGAGUUCGACCUUGAAGUGCACGUAUCUCCAGCUUGUAGCAGUUGUCAUGGUAGAGGAGGUAAAUGCUUCCCUGACAGUAAGGGAAAAUUUAGUUGUUCCCAUGACAACAGAAAAUCAGAAAAUAAAAAGAAGGUCAAUUUGCUUUUAGGAUUCGGUGUUGUAUACCCAGUCAUUUCCAUUAUUUUCUUGUUUAUCAUCCGGCGUCAUUACAAGAGAAGAAGUGCGUCUUCAAACUUGCUGGCAAGGAAUAUUUUUUCAGAUCCAUCUUCAAGAUCAGACGUGGAAGGUGGGAGUGUUUACUUUGGAGUCCCUGUUUUCUCCUACAGUGAACUUGAAGAAGCCACCAAUAGUUUUGAUAUUGAAAAAGAACUUGGGGAUGGUGGAUUUGGAACCGUUUACCAUGGCAAACUCCAAGACGGGAGAGAAGUUGCAGUGAAGCGCUUAUAUGGGCACAACUAUAGACGAGUACAACAGUUCAUAAAUGAAGUUGAAAUCCUAACACGCUUGCGCCACAAAAAUCUUGUCUCCCUUUAUGGGUGUACUUCACGCCACUGUCGUGAACUUCUCCUUGUGUAUGAAUACAUUCCCAAUGGCACCGUUGCUGAUCAUAUUCAUGGCAAUCGAGCAACACCAGGUUCACUCACAUGGCCAACUCGUAUGAGAAUUGCUAUUGAAACCGCCAGUGCAUUGGCUUACCUCCAUGCUUCUGACAUCAUACAUCGCGACAUAAAGACUAACAACAUUCUCUUAGACGACAAUUUCUUUAUCAAAGUUGCAGAUUUUGGGCUUUCUCGGCUGUUCCCCAAUGAUGUUAGUCAUGUCUCAACAUCUCCUCAAGGUACUCCGGGCUACGUUGACCCAGAAUAUCACCAAUGCUACCAGCUUACUAGUAAGAGUGAUGUCUACAGCUUUGGGGUUGUCCUCAUUGAGCUCAUUUCAUCUCUGCCGGCUGUUGAUAUAUUUAGGCAUAAGCAUGAAAUUAAUUUGGCCAACUUUGCCAAAAACAAGAUUGAAAAGAGUGCAUUCCACGAGUUGAUCGACCCUCAUCUUAGAUUUGAGUCAGAUGAUGGAGUUAGAACGAUGACCAUUUUGGUGGCAAAGUUGGCUUUUCAAUGUUUACAACAGGACAAGGAAAUGAGGCCUUCCAUGGAUGAGGUAUUGGUGGCUUUAAAGAAGAUUCAAUGUGGUGACGAUGUGCCAGAGCAAUCAGCUUCACCCUAUCGUGAUGAGGUUGGAUUGUUGAAGAAUAAGCGGCAGCCACUUCCACCGGAGGCUGUAACCGAUAAUUGGACUAGUAGGUCUGCUACACCUAAUGUCAGUGGUUAAAUUUCUUCUCAUGCUGCUAAUUUUUCAAGUAGAUGAUAAGAUUUUUGUUUCGCACUCAGUGUCGAACAGAUGCAUUGAGUGGGAUGAAAUUUCAUUUUCUUCUCAUCCACUUGUUUGGAUGUGCAUAAAGGCAUGUUAUUGAAUAUGUUGCUGUGAGGGAAUGGAUCUGAACCACGUAAUAAAUUUUAUUUUCCUGUGUGAUUCAGUGUUUUACCUCUCGAAUAAAAACCUAUCAUAUUUAACUAUAUUCCCAACAAA